AUGUUUUCUUUGCAGGUUGCCAUAAAAGUUGUGAAUAGAGAGUUUCGAGGAAUGCGGUACAUUAUGUGGGGAUUUUCUACACAUGUGAUCCCAGAAGCACAUCAUAUGAUGAUCCUCAAGAGACCUCCGCUCUGCCCGCACAUCAUAGAGCUCUACGAGUACGCCAUGGAGGGAAGGAAUAACUACCUGGUCAUGGAAUACGCGCCCUUGUACAUAACCUUGGGAAAAUUCAUCAGGAAGAACAAUGGCCACCUGAGUGAGAGUGUUGCCCGGCCGCUGAUCAUGCAGCUCAUUAUUGCAGCACAGCGCUGCAUUGAGCAUGGCAUAUACCAUGCGGACAUGCAUCUAGAAAACAUCCUGGUCAAUCCAAAGACCCUGCAGCUCAAGCUGAUUGAUUUUGGCUACAGUUUUUAUAUUCCAAGAGACUACUGGAGAUGCCCCACUCUGGGAGUAACGAGAUACCGUAAAAAGGAGAGUGAACCCUACAGAUUAACUAUUCAUUCUGUUUGUCAGAAUGUCUGUGCUAUUAGAGGACUGCUGUCAUAUAUGGUUAAUGGAUAUCGCUGUUUCUCCAAAUAUGGACGUCCACGAUUUCACCCCAGUUUGUCAGUAGAGUGCCGGGAUCUGUUUAAGUGGUUAAUCAGUUUCCUUCCGGAAACAGGACCCGUUUUAGAGGAGAUUUUAGAGCACAAGUGGUUCAGCAUGACGUAG